GUGUGGAGGACUUCAUUCCUGGGGGACAGCCAGACUCCGAACUACUUUUUGUGACUUUGGCUAGUGCGGAUUAUGAACGCUUUUGGACACCAACCGUCGAACCAACAGAACAGCCCGAUUCAGCACCACAGCGCGCAGGAGCUCCUGGACAUGGCCGUGUACUGUGAUAACUACGGCAUGUACCAGCAGAACCUCCACCACCACCCGCAGAGGCCGCCCACGCACGCUUCCAGCUACGGCCUGGGGGAGUACGCCUCCGCUUCCACGAACCCGUACCUGUGGCUAAACGGAGCCGGCAUCAAUUCAUCGGCCUACCUUCCCGGGAACAACGGCGGCUCGUACGGUUAUGGAUCGAACCAGAGGCAGUUCUUACCGCCUCCCAGCGGGUUCGGCGGAGCGGACCUGGGCUGGCUGUCCAUCUCCAGCCAGCAGGAGCUUUUCAAGAUGGUCAGGCCUCCUUAUUCCUACUCGGCGCUGAUCGCCAUGGCCAUCCAGAACGCGCAAGAUAAAAAGCUGACGCUCAGUCAGAUAUAUCAGUACGUGGCUGACAACUUUCCUUUUUACAAGAAAAGCAAAGCCGGGUGGCAGAAUUCGAUCCGACACAACUUAUCUCUGAACGACUGCUUCAAAAAAGUGGCCAGAGACGAGGAUGACCCCGGUAAGGGGAACUACUGGACACUGGACCCGAAUUGUGAGAAGAUGUUCGACAACGGCAACUUCAGGCGGAAGCGGAAAAGGAGAGCUGACGCCACCGGGGCCGACGGCGCCGCGCCGCCGGUCAAAACCGAAGACAAGAUCUCGGACACGGGCAGCCUGCUGAGCUCCUCCCCGCGGAGCCUGCAGGGAUCUCCGCCCUCCGCGGAGCCCAAGUCCUCCCCGCCUCCGUCCGCGGAGCACAGCACGUGUCUGAGCGGCUUCGUGUCCGGGGUCAGCUCGCUCCUGGCGGCUCCCCGCGGCGCGGAGCAGGAUUUCUCCGCACCGGACUCCUCCUCCUUCACCUCCUCCUCCUCCUCCUCAUUCUCUUCUCUGAACUGUGACGGCAGCAGGAUGAACUAUUACGCACCGAACCUGUCCAAUCAUUUCAGCGUGAACCACCUGAUCUACAGCCGGGACGGCACGGAGGUGUAGCGGCGCGCCACCGGGACACUGUCGCUACCUCCUGUUUUUUUUUUUUUUUUGUAUUUAACAUCUCCGUGAUCCCAAACUGACACUUUUUCAGUAAGUUUGUCACUUGGAUCCAGUGCCCUUUUUACAUUUUUUUUUAAACCGCUAGCUGUUGAACUCUUGAACACGUCACAAAGGCUCUGUGUACAGAAAUUAUUUUCAUAAGAACGAACGUGUAAUUUAGAAUGAAUUGUGUUUUAUUUAAACGCACGUCGAUGCUUGAAUAAACGUCAUUUAUUUGAACUUUA